AUGUUUCUCAUCACGAGAGCGACGUCUUCUUUGCACUCCUCGACCUCUUUUACUCCUCCUCUUAACACUCAUCGCGAGAGGAAGUUAAAGAAGUUAAAGAACAGAAACGUUUUAGGAGUAGGAGUCAGAAGCAAACUAAGCGACGAAAACGAACAAGAGUGGGAAGAAAUCCUCCCUCCAACAACGAAAGAAGAAGAUAAAGAAGAACUACCGGUUGGUCGUAAACUGGCGAUUUCGGCGUUCGCAGUCGGUACCGCGGCGUUUAUGAGCGCCACUGGCGUGGGAAGUUCCUCGAAUUCAAUCAACGCCGUCGCGGCAAACUUGGCGCAGUUAGAACGAGAAUCGGUCGAUAUCGACGUCGCUUUGCAGAACGAGAAACCGACGGUGUUGGAGUUUUACGCGGAUUGGUGCGAAGUGUGCAAAUCGAGCGCUCCGUACGUGUUUGAGGUGGAGAAAGGGAACAAAAAAGACGUGAAUUUUGUGAUGAUGAACAUCGAUAACGCGAAGUGGACGCAAGAGAUGGACGACUACGACGUGGACGGGAUCCCGCACUUGGAGUUUUUAGACGGCGAGAACAAGAGUAAAGGGGCGUUGAUUGGGAAGUUCCCGAAAGAAGUUUUGGAGGCGAACAUUGGCGCGUUGAAAACGGGGGAGGAGAAGUUGCCGUACGCGAAAGUGAGGUUUCAACCGUCGCCGGUUGAGGCGAAAUCGAUCAUGGAGGCACCGAGCGUGGCGGUGUCGGCAACCGGAGGCGCCGUGGCUACCUCCGAUCCGAGAGCGCACGGUUGA